ACAAAAAAUGCAAGAAGAUUGGAAAACUAUUGAACUAUGUAUCAGUCCGUACAAGGAUACAAAAGUAAAUAUAUUGUCUGGGUUAGAUAGUAUCCAAGCAUUACUCGAUGAUCAUUUCAUUAAGACUAUAUCGAUUCGGGGUUCAGCGUUUGUAAAACCUAUAGAAAGUGAAGUAAAAGAGUGGUUUGAUAAGGUGAACCGAAUGAAUUCGACACUUGAAGAAUGGGCAAGUGUGCAAAUGCGAUGGCUAUACCUCAUGCCAAUAUUUAAUUCCAAAGAUAUAGCUGCUCAAAUGCCUGAAGAAGGAUCUCUGUUUAACGAGAUUAAUAUGAUUAUAAAAGGACUAAUAAGUAUGAUCAGUUCUCGUCCAUUGGCCAUUAAAUGUGUUGGUCGAGAAGGUGUUCUAGAAUCAUUGUUUAAAUGUACCCAAAUGGCGGAAUCUAUUAACUUAGGAGUUAAUAACUAUUUGGAAAAAAAACGAUUGUUUUUUCCCAGUUUUCUUUCAAAUAAUGAAAUGUUAGAAAUUUUAUCUGAAACAAGAGAUCCAAAAAGAGUUCAGCCUCAUUUAAAAAAAUGUUUUGAAGGAAUUUCCAAACUUGAGUUUAAUGAUAAUUUGGAUAUUUUGAAAUUUUUAAGUAGCGAGGGUGAAGAAAUAGUACUCAGUCAAUUUAUUUCGACUGUUGAAGCCGGAGGAAGUGUUGAAAAAUGGCUAUUUCAGGUAGAAAAACAAAUGGUAAUAUCAAUUAGAAAUUUAAUUGAAAACGCUUAUAAUGAAUACUCAAUCAUAGAACGAACAAUGUGGGUACAAAAAUGGCCAGGUCAAUGUGUUUUAAGUGUUACUCAAAUGUUUUGGACUGCUGAAGUUCACGAUAUAUUUAUUGUACAAAAACCCGGCCAAAUGCAAAAUUACCAUAAGUUUUUGACUAAACAAUUAGAAGAUAUUGUAAAUUUAGUACGUGGUAAAUUGAAUAAACAAAGAAGAAUAACUUUAAGUACUUUAGUUACAUUAGAUGUUCACAGCAGAGAUGUUGUUAAUGAGUUAGCCAACAACAACAUUUGUCAUGAUAUGGAUUUUAAAUGGCUAAGCCAGUUAAGAUAUUAUUGGGAAGAUGAUGCCUUGGCACGCAUUACAAAUGUAACUAUAAAAUAUGCGUAUGAAUACUUAGGAAAUAACCCUAGACUUGUUCUCACACCUUUAACGGAUAGGUGUUAUCGUACUCUUAUCAGUGCUUAUCAUUUGCACCUAUAUGGUGCACCUGAAGGGCCAGCAGGUACUGGUAAGACAGAAACUAUAAAAGAUUUAGCAAGGGCUUUGGGAUUCCAAUGUGUAGUGUUUAAUUGCUCCGAGAGACUUAAUUACUUGGAAAUGAGAAAAUUUUUCAAAGGGUUAGCUUCAUCCGGAGCUUGGAUUUGUUUUGACGAUUUCAACCGUAUUGAUAUUGAAGUAUUGUCGGUGGUAGCGCAACAAAUCUUAGGUAUACUUCAAGCAGUGAGAACAAACGUUGAAACAUUUUUCUUUGAAGGUACCGAAGUAAAAUUGAAUCCAAGGAGUUAUGUAUGCAUUACUAUGAACCCAGGAUAUGUUGGAAGAUUCAAUCUUCCUGAUAAUUUGAAGGUUUUAUUUAGAACUGUAGCUAUGAUGGUGCCAGAUUAUGCAAUGGUUAGUGAAAUUGUAUUAUAUUCUUAUGGAUUUAAGAAUGCAAGAGAGUUAUCUAUUAAAAUUGUUACUACGUACAAAUUAUGCUCGGAACAAUUAACAGUUCAACCACAUUAUGAUUACGGUAUGCGAGCCGUUAAAGCUGUACUUAUAGCAGUAGGAAAUUUAAAGAUGAAAUUUCCUGAAAAUGACGAGUCAGAACUUUUGCUUAGAUCUAUUUUGAAUGUGAAUUUAGCUAAAUUUUUAAACAAAGAUGUAAUUUUGUUUAAGGGAAUAAUAUCUGAUUUAUUUUCUGAUGUUAAAUUACCAAAUUCCUCACAUGAAAAUUUGAUUUCUUCUGCAAAAAUUACAUGUGAGAAGAUGCAUUUACAACCAAUUGACACUUUCAUGGAAAAACUUAUUCAAACCUACGAAAUGAUGGUUGUUAGGCAUGGCUUUAUGUUAGUUGGCAAUCCAUUUGGAGGCAAGACUUCAGUACUUCAUUUACUCGCGCAAACUUUAAAUUUACAAAAUAAACUGAACCAUGGAGAGGAAAAGGUCGAAUAUGAAACAAUAAAUCCUAAAGCAUUGACUAUUAAUCAACUUUACGGUUAUUUUGAUGAUGUAUUGCAUGAAUGGACUAACGGGGUUAUAGCUAAUACGUUUAGAAAAUAUUCAAUGUCAGAGACUUCAGACAGGAAAUGGUUGAUAUUUGAUGGCCCGAUUGAUACUGUUUGGAUAGAAAAUCUAAACACUGUACUAGAUGAUAAUAAAAAGUUGUGCUUAAGUUCUGGCGAAGUAAUUUGUAUGCCAGAUAAUAUGUCUAUGAUAUUUGAGGUUAUCAACCUUACUCAGGCUUCUCCUGCUACUGUCUCUCGUUGCGGUAUGAUUUAUUUAGAUCCCUUAGAGUUGGGUUGGAGGCCAUUAAUUGAAAGUUGGAUAAAGACUUGUCCAGAGUUAUGGUCUUUAGAUCAAAACGGAAUAGAUAUAAUGUGUUUAUUUGACUGGAUAACUCCUCCUUGUCUUAGCUUUAUUCGCCAUAGUUGUGUUCAACUAACUAAUGCUGGAGAAACAAAUAUUGUUUUAAACGUUUUAAAUAUACUGGAGAUGCAGUUAAACAGUUCAAAAACUGAUAAUCCAGGUUUCAAUGAACACUUUACAAAUUAUUUACAAGGAUCUUUUGUGUAUGCUUCUAUUUGGGGUUUUGGUGGAACGCUAGAUUCAAAUUCACGACCAGCUUUUGAUCAUUUUUUUAAAGAACUUUGGAAGGGCAAUAUUCCUGGUUUGGGACAACCAGAAGCUUUAAGUUCAUUAGACAUUACGAUACCAUACGAUGGAACAUUAUAUGACUAUGUAUAUAGUUGCACGUCUCGGGGAUCUUGGAAAAAUUUGUCUGAAGUUGUGAAAAAUAAUAAAAUUGAAGAAAUUAGUAAUAUUGAACAAACUUUAGUUCAUACACUGGACACUGCUAGGUAUAUGCAUUUAGUUGACAUGUUUAUCUCUCACCGUAAACCAUUAUUACUUUUUGGUCCUUCGGGAACUGGCAAAAGUUUAUACAUAAAAAAUUAUAUGAUGAAUAAAUUAUCGUUAGACGAAUACGUGCCAUCUUUUGUUACAUUCACAACACAAACAUCUGCUAAUUUUACACAGGAAAUUAUAUUAUCUAAACUCAUAAAGCGCAAACGUGGUGUAUAUGGACCACCAUCAGGAAAGGUUUGUGUUAUCUUUGUCGAUGAUAUGCAUAUGCCUCUAAAAGAACAAUAUGGAGCGCAACCUCCUAUCGAAUUAUUAAGACAAUUUUUUGACCAUGGUUACUGGCAUGAUUUACAUGAUACUACCAAAGUUUAUCUGAAAGACAUUCUCUUGUUGUCUGCUAUUGGGCCAAUUAGUGGGAGUAAACAAGAUGAGUAUGCGAGGUUUUUACGUCAUUUUGGAUUGUUCGCUAUAAAUUCAUUUGAUGACGAAAGUAUUACAACUAUAUACUCAACGUUACUUCAAAUUGGAUUAAAAAAGAAUGGUUUUACAUUAGAAGUAGUACCAAUUAUUGAUAGUAUAAUCAAAUCAACAAUUGAUUUGUACAGAUCAGCUAUUAAGAAUUUAGCUCCAACACCUGCGAAAUCACAUUACUUAUUUAAUAUAAGAGAUAUUUCAAAAGUAACAAAUGGAAUACUCAUGUUCCGCAAAGACAGCUUUACUAAUCGAAAAGUUUUCGUGAGACUGUGGGUCCAUGAAGUGAUGAGAGUAUUCUAUGACCGCCUUAUUGACGAUAAUGAUAGAUAUUGGUUAUUCAAUAAAAUUCGUGUUUGCGUUAAUAUAAACUUUCAAGAAAUGUUUGACGUAAUAUUUAAUGAUUUAUCAGAUUUAUCUGUGCAACCGCCAUCGUUAUCAAAUUUCGAAGAAAAAGCUCAAAUUGUGAUGGAUGAAUACGAUAAGACACAUGAUUCAAAAUUGAAUAUAGUUUUGUUUAAAUAUGCAUGUGAACAUCUUUCAAGAAUUUGUAGAAUCUUAACGAUCCCUGGUGGAUGUGCGUUAUUAGUUGGAGUAGGUGGAUCUGGACGUCAGUCUCUGACCCGCCUAGCUACGGCUAUGUGUAACUUUAAUGUUUUUCAACCCGAGAUUACUAAAAGCUAUGGAUUAACGGAAUGGAGAGAUAAUUUGAAAACGAUAUUAAUCGAAUCUGGUGGCAAAAAUAAUCCAACUGUAUUUUUGUUCGCUGAAGGACAAAUUAAAGAAGAUUAUUUUUUACAAGAUAUUGCCGCUUUAUUAAAUUCUGGAGAACUGCCAAAUUUAUUUACUUUAGAUGAACAACAAAGUAUAUUGGAGAUGGUUAGAUUAGCUGCUCAAGGAGGGAAUAGAAACUUAGAUAUUGCUCCAUUGGUCGUUUUUAAUUAUUUUAUAAAUCGCUGCAAACAAAAUUUGCAUAUAUGUUUGUGCUUUAGUCCGAUUGGUUCAAGUUUAAGGAAUUAUCUAAGAAUGUAUCCAUCUUUAGUCAGUUGUUGUACAAUUGAUUGGUUUAAUGAUUGGCCAAAUGAUGCAUUACAAAUGGUUGCAUAUAAGUAUUUGAAAGAUGUCAAUCUUUCUGAAAAAAUUAAAAAUUCUGCUGUUACUGUUUGUCAACGUUUUCAUGUUGAUGCUAGAAAACUGUCAUUGGAGUUUUAUUCAGCAACACGGCGUCGUACAUAUAUAACAUCAGCAUCAUACCUGGAUUUAAUUAAAGCAUACACGGACUGCACUAAUCGUAAGCAGAAAGAAAUUAUGGAAGCAAAAAUGCGAUAUGUAGGUGGCUUACAGGAACUUGAGUAUGCUACAUUACAAGUAAGCCAGAUGAAAGAAGAUUUGUUUAAGCUUCAACCUCAGCUUCAACAAGCUCAAAAAGAUACAGAAGAAAUGAUGAUUAUGAUUUCUCGUGAGACGGUUGAAGUUGAAAAAGCAACCGCUCGAGUACAAGAAGAUGAAAAAGUAGCAAACGUUCAAGCUGAAGCGGCUAAUGAAUUAAAAACAGAAUGUGAAGCUGACCUUGCAUUAGCCAUACCGGUUUUAGAAGAUGCAAUUGAUGCUUUAAAUACUCUAAAACCAACUGAUAUAACAUUGGUUAAGUCUAUGAAAAAUCCUCCUGAAAUGGUAAAAACUGUAAUGGCAGCAGUAUGCGUGAUGAAAGGCGUUUCACCUGAUAAGAUCCCCGAUCCAAAUAAGCCAGGACAAAAGAUACUUGAUUACUGGGGUCCUAGUAAACGCAUUUUGGGUGAUAUUAAUUUUCUGCAAAGAUUAAAAGAAUACGAUAAGGAUAAUAUACCUUCUCAAAUUAUGGCUAUCAUACGGAAAACGUAUCUUCCUGAUCCUAAUUUUAAACCACCAAUUGUAGCUAAAGCAUCUAGUGCUGCAGAAGGUCUGUGUAAGUGGAUUAUCGCAUUGGACAUGUAUGAUAAAGUAAUCAAAGUCGUGGCACCGAAAAAAGAAAAACUUGAAAUAGCUAAUGCAGAAUAUGAAGCAACUAUGGCGAUAUUGGAAGAAAAACGAAAUGAAGUGAGACAGUUACAAGAAAGAUUAGAUUCUCUUAAAGAUCGAUUGGAAGAAACUGUGUUAAACAAAGAGAAAUUACUCGCGGAAGUUGCGUUAUGUGAAAGCAAGUUAAUUAAAGCAGAAAAACUUAUAGGAAGUCUAGGUGGCGAGAAACAUCGUUGGGCCCUACGAGCAGAAGAACUUCAGACUAAUUAUGAUUGUAUUCCUGGAGAUAUUCUUAUAUCUUGUGGAAUAAUAGCGUAUUUGGCUCCAUUCACAUCAUAUUUCAGAUCCUCAAUAAUCAAUGAAUGGAAAAUAUUGUGCAAUGAUUUAAAGAUUCCAAGUUCAAAUAACUAUAGUUUAAUUGAAGUUUUAGGUGUUCCGACUAAAAUCCAAAAUUGGACUAUUAAUGGCUUACCAUUAGAUYCAUUUUCAAUCGAUAAUGCUAUCAUUAUGGAUGGCUCACAAAGAUGGUCAUUAUUAAUCGACCCUCAAGGUCAGGCGCAAAAAUGGAUUAAAACAUUGGAAAAAUAUAAUGACCUAAUUAUUAUUAAGUUAACUAAUCCAAAUUAUAUGAAAAGUAUUGAGGUUGGAAUUGAAAUUGGGAAACCAGUUUUAAUAGAAAACGUACUAGAAGAUUUAGAUUUGCCCUUAGACCCGAUAUUGUUGAAGAUGGUGUACAAACAAGGAAAGUCAACGUAUAUAGCACUAGGAAAUAAUGUUAUAGAGUUCAAUCCAAAAUUCAGAUUGUAUAUCACAUCAAAGCUUAGAAAUCCUCAUUAUUUACCAGAAAUAUUUAACAAAGUUACUGUUAUAAAUUUUGCAUUAACCGUUGAAGGUCUAGAAGACCAAUUAUUGGGAAUCGUUGUCGCUAAAGAACGACCAGAUCUGGAGUCAAAAAGACAACAGUUAAUUGUUGAGGGAGCUGAAAAUGUUAAAGCUUUAUUGGAUGUUGAAAACAAUAUUUUACAAAUUCUUUCGGCUCCAGGAAACAUUUUAGAAGACGAAAAUGCUGUUGAUGUUUUAGAUAAUUCUAAAAUAUUAGCUAAAGAAAUAACUCGUAAACAAGCUGCUUCAGUGGAAACUGUUGCAGUUCUUGAUCAAUUUCGUUUACAGUAUAAACCAAUCGCUGAACAUUGUUCUAUACUUUAUUAUUGCAUCACUGAUUUACCAAAUGUUGAUCCAAUGUAUCAAUAUUCAUUAUCUUGGUUUGUCAAUAUUUUUAUUAUCACUAUUGAAACAGCAAAUAAAUCAAAAAUCAUUCAAAAACGCUUAGAAGCUCUGAAAGAAACUUUUACUUAUAAUUUAUAUGCCAACGUAUGUCGGUCAUUAUUUGAAAAGGAUAAGAUGUUAUUUUCUUUCAUCAUGUGCACUACGGUAAUGCUUGCAGAAAAAAAAAUCGAUAAACAAGAAUUAAUGUUACUUGUGACUGAGGGUAUUAGUCUUAAAAACGAUGUUCUUAACCCUGGGCCCGAUUGGCUUCAUGAUAAAAAUUGGAAUCAGAUAUGUCUUUUAGAUGAACUAACUGAAUUCCAUGGAAUAAGAGAUGAUUUUAUAAGCCAAGUGAAUGAGUGGAAAAAUUACUGUGAUAUGAUUGAUCACGGAGCCUUAAAAUUCCCAAAUCCCUGGUAUGAUAAAUUAAGUKAUUUCCAACGAAUCCUCGUCAUACAUGCCAUUAGGCCCGAUAAGGUCAUACCUGUUGUAACCAGACUUAUUGAAGUAGAACUAGGAGAAAAGUUCAUUCAUCCACCACCAUUUGAUAUAAAUAAAUCGUAUGGUGACUCAAAUUGUCUAAGUCCACUUAUAUUUAUCCUUUCACCUGGGAUUGAUCCUAUGGCGAGUUUGUUGCAGUUUGCAGAUAAAAUGGGUAGGACGGAGAGCCUUCAAAGCGUUUCGUUGGGCCAAGGACAAGGUCCUAUUGCUGAAUUGCUAAUAAAAAACGCACAAAAAAUGGGUGGAUGGGUAUGUUUACAAAACUGUCAUUUGGCUAUUUCUUGGAUGGGACAAUUGGAAGUGAUUUGUGACUCGUUUGAUAUUUCCAACGUGAACAGUGAAUUUAGACUGUGGCUGACCAGCUAUUCUUCAGUGAAAUUUCCGGUGUCCGUACUACAGAAUGGAGUUAAAAUGACUAACGAGCCUCCAACAGGAUUACAAGCUAAUAUGCUCCGGAGCUAUCAGUCGUAUCCCGUGAAAGAUAAAAACUUUUUUGAAGGGUGUCCAGGUAAGGAAAGGACAUUCACAAAACUAUUGUAUGGAAUCACAUUUUUUCAUGCUAUUGUACAAGAACGUAGAAAAUUUGGACCCAUUGGAUGGAAUAUACCUUAUGAAUUUAACGAAUCCGAUUAUUACAUUUCUAUUCAACAACUUCAAAUGUAUAUUAAUGAAUUUGAUGAAAUACCUUUCGAGGCUCUGAAAUACUUAACGGGAGAAUGCAAUUACGGUGGUAGAGUAACUGACGAUUGGGACAGACGUACAAUGAAUACGAUUUUAAAUAAAUUUUGUUGUCCAGAAGUAGUCAAAAACCCGUAUUAUUUGUUUUGUGAUAUCGAUCAAAAAUAUGGAAUUCCGUUUCGUUCCAACUACCAUGAUUUUAUUAAACAAAUCGAAGAAAUUCCAGUCGCCCACAGUCCAGAAGUGUUUGGGUUGCACAUAAAUUCGGGAAUAAUCCGUGAUUUACAGACCACAAAGUUACUGUUUAAAUCAUUUGUAGCUAUAAUGGAAUACAGUUGUGGAACAGAUGGCUCUGAUACGACAGAAAAGGCACUGAUAGCGACAGUGUCCGAUAUACUUUCGAAGCUCCCGAACAAUUUCGACGUAGAAGCAGCAAUGACAAAAUACCCCGUUAUGUACACAGAAUCCAUGAAUGCGGUUCUUAUUCAAGAAAUAGAACGUUUUAACGUACUAUUGUCUGUGAUUCGUAAAAGCUUACAAGACCUGAUAAAAGCUAUCAAAGGCGUUAUUGUUAUGACGCCUGAACUGGAAACUAUGGCCCUAUCGUUAUCCAUGGCCAAAUUCCCACUACUUUGGUCGAAGUUUUCUUAUCCGAGUCUUAAGUCCUUGGGAGGAUAUAUAACUAAUUUUAUUGAACGACUUAAUUUCAUGCAAAUUUGGUACGACGAAGGUAUACCCGAUAAUGUAUGGCUCAGUGGAUUAUUUUUUACUCAACCGUUUCUUACCGCUGUGAUGCAAAAUUUUGCUCGACGUUAUGCCAUACCUAUAUACCAAUUGUGCUUCGAUUUUCAUGUACAACACUGUGAUAAAGUCAACAAACCUCCUGUGGACGGGGUGUAUUGUUACGGUCUUUUUUUAGAUGGUGCUCGUUGGGAUAUGUCUAAGAUGGUACUAGAGGAACAAUUCCCGAAAAUAUUAAUGGAAGUGUUACCGUUAGUAUGGUUUAUACCCACAAGAAAAGAUCAAUUUAUCAAAGGAGAUAGAUAUACUUGUCCAGUAUAUAAUACAUCGGAGAGAAAAGGAGUUUUGUCUACAACAGGACAUUCUUCCAAUUAUGUUUUAUCAAUGUUUCUCGAUACAAAUCGAAAACCCUCUCAUUGGAUUUUUCGUGGAGUAGCUCUGCUGUGUCAACUGAACGAUUAA